CGUUUUACGUCGGUCGCUUAUCGCAGUUACCGCUUUACAAUUGUUAUCUAACCGCAUAUAGUGCUAUAUCGUUGCCGUUGUGCUCGCGUUUCAUUUCCAUAUUAAUUAGCACCUAUAUCCCAUUAAUCACGUACAUAAUCUAUACAUAAUGUCUAUUUGUAAUAGCUGUUCUACUGCUAUUACAUCAAGAUCCUUGUCCAUUUCUUGCAAUGAUUGCAAAUUACCGUGGCAUGCAAAAUGCCAAAAACUCACAAAAGAAGACAUUGCAUUUUAUAACGAUGAAGGCUCAUACUGGAGAUGUCACAAGUGUUCGGCAGAAAAAAGAGCUUCUCUACGAAUUGAUAACCAAAUUAAUGAUGAUAAUACAAAUCUCUCCGAUAUUAAGGACAUUAUAUUACAACUCAAAGAUAGUUUUGAAAUGUUUAAAAAAGAAACCGGGAACAACUUCGAUCUUAUAAACAAAAAAAUUAAUAUGAUUGAUAAAAUCAUAACAGAUAAUCAAAAUAUGAAAACCCAAAUCAAUACUCUAGAAAGCAAAAUUGAAUUCCUUGAACGUCGUUUGAUUAAUAAUGAAAUUGUCAUUGACGGUGUUCCAGAAAAUAAAUUAGAAAAUUGCUACGAAAUAGUCAAAAACAUCGGUACUCAACUUAAUAUUAAAAUUACAGACCCUAUGAUUAAUGACUGUCACAGAGUUGGUCGUACACAAAAUAAUCUUACAAGAAGAAUAGUGGUUGGAUUCACAAGUCACCAAGAUAAAGUAAAAAUAUUAGACUCUCGUAAAAUAAUAAGGAAUCUGUCCACAAAGAAUAUUGGUAUAGAACCUGAAGUGUCAAUAUACAUAAGAGAAAAUUUAACAUCAAAAAGCAGUUUCCUAUUCAAACUAGCUCGAGACUUCCGCAAUCAAUACAACUAUAAAUUCGUCUGGACUAAAAACGGGCAGAUUUUCCUCCGCAAAAAUGAGUCAGAGAAAAUAAUCAACGUGGCCAAUGAAGAGGCGUAUUGUUAUCGACGGACUUGACUUGAAAUUUAAACUGAUGCCAUAAAGAUAACGAAAACGUGACAUCCGUGAUGAUAUACAACCGAUAGACGGACGGCAAUUAUAUUAUAGCAGAUAUACCAGGGGUCUCCAACCUAUUUUAUUCGAGGGCCACAGAAACUAUCGAAAGCUCUUAUGGCGAGCCAAAAGUGUAGAAACGCGUCAUAUUAUAAUUUUUAAUUUAAUAGAAAUAUAAAAAAUGUAUAGAAAUUAUAAAUACUUAAAAAAAAUGGUUCUUAUAACAUACUUACUUAAAUCUGCUUAGUUAUAAAAUUAUAGGAGGUAAUAUUGACACGUGCGCGAUACCAAUUUUAGAUAUUGUACACAUAUUUGAGAUUAUUUACUGUCCUUUAGGGAGCCGGUUAAAAUUUGUUUUCGGGCCUUACUUUGGAGACAUCUGUAGUAUACAGUCAUUACAGUCGUAAUUUACACACCUAUUACCUGCGAAAUAUUUACAAUAAUAUUAUGAAACAAAAUAUGUUAAAUAAUGAUGGAUAUAAUUUG